AUACCAUCUCUCUCUCCGUCUGGGCAUUUCUCGGCGCCAUAUACAUAUUCGGUACUCUUCCGUCUUGGCUGCCAGUAUCCGUCGAAAGUUUUCUUCUCUUCAUCCGAUCCUAGAUCCCAGAGAUUCUUAUUAAAGAAGACCCAUCGACAUGGUCAUCUUCGUCCUGAUGAAUACCAUUGAGAAACAUCAUGACUUGCAGGUCAGUCCUCGUCUACUGCGUUGCCCUCGCAGUCGUUGGGCUCGUUCGCGGUCAAACAGCAACGGAAGAGGAGCAUGAUCAUGAUCAUGACCACGAAAGCGAGGAGGCAGUAGAGACAGAUGAUGCUGCUACCGGCCUCCAUGCUGGGCAUACUCAUGCUCAUAGUAGCUCAGACUGCGGGGUAACAGAGCUUCAAGACUAUAACCUUUCACUCCAUAUCGCUGCCGUUUUUGUUAUGCUGGUGGCGUCUGCUAUAGGUGUUUUUCUUCCAGUCAUAUUGGGCAAACUCGGCUCCAGAAACAAGUUAUUCGGAUCGGUUUUUUUCGUUCUCAAAUACUUCGGAUCUGGGAUUAUUAUUAGUUUGGCUUUUGUUCAUUUAUUGAUCCAUGCCUUCUUCAAUCUCACAAGCCCAUGCGUGGGAAAUCUGGAGUAUGAGUCUGCUGCCCCCGCGAUCGCAAUGGCAACUGUUAUAGUAGUUUGGCUUGUCGACUUUUUCGGCUCUCGCUAUAUCGCACGUCAGAAUUCAAAGUUACGAGAGUGUGAUCGAAACAUCAGCGCUGCUCCUGGCUUUUCGCCCGACCCCACGGAGGAGAGGAAAAAAGAUGAUAUAUCAACCCCAAUGACAGAGCUAGCUUGCUGUGGUCCCAACAAUUUGGAAAUAACUAACUUUGACGGUGCUGCUAAGAUCGCGCAUUGGAAUGUACAACUCUUGGAAUAUGGUGUUAUCUUUCACUCUGUUAUGAUCGGCGUGUCGCUUGGAGCCAUGGGCACUGGAUUUAGCACCACUUUUGCUGCUCUGGUUUUCCACCAGCUUUUUGAAGGUCUUGGUCUAGGCGCUAGGAUCGCCAUGCUCGUCUGGCCAUCUGGCAUCUCUUCAACCAUCAAAAAAUGGUCCAUGUGCCUUGCGUAUGCUUUGACAACAUCAGUUGGGAUUGCCAUUGGCAUCGGAGUCCAUGCCUCAGUCAACAUGAAUGGUAGAGCGAUCCUUCUGUCUACCGGUAUCCUCGAUUCAAUAUCCGCUGGUAUCCUUCUAUACAGUGGUCUUUGUCAAUUGCUUUAUCGUGAAUGGGUGGUCGGCGAGAUGCGCGAUGCCUCCACAAGCAAGAUCAUUGUGGCCCUUGUAUCACUGUUUCUCGGUCUGUUUGCCAUGUCAUUCAUUGGCAAGUGGAUUUGAAGUAUAUCAGGGCCUCGAGAUAUAGAAACUCAUAAGAAAAAGGGGAAGAAUUUGGGGUAUUUGGAGGUGUCAUUUUUUUGAAUGUCAAUUAGAGCUGUUCUUGUUCCAAAAGAUUUUCUUCC